AGUGUUAUGAUGCAGUUCCACAACACACAGCCACAUUCACCCACAGACCGAGGUACAGAACGAGACAACCUCUGGCCCCCCAGCAGCUGGCCAGCUUUGCAGCCCCAGUCUUGAACCCCCAACUACCCUCCCCCACCCCAUCCCUUUCCCAAUUGAAGGAGCGGAAAGAGAAGAGAGAAGAGUGAGCAGAGAGAUUGAGAGAGAGAGAGAGAGAGAAAUAUAGACGGAGAUCUCUGGAGCAGACCUCAAGGUGACUUCCAUUUCUAUCUUGUUCUCGUCGGGGGGGCCCUGGCCGGGCAGCCCCCCCACAUUUCUCCUGCCCUGAAACACGGCUCUAGCCAACCUGCUCCGCUGCUUCACCUGCGACCGUCUGUGUGGGGGCUGCACGGCACCAGCCCCUCCGGCCCACCAGGGCAUCGUCCUCCAGCCCGUCAUGCCCAGCUGUGACCCUGGCCCAGGCCCUGCCUGCCUCCCCACCAAGACUUUCCGCAGCUACCUGCCCCGCUGCCACCGCACGUACAGCUGUGUCCACUGCCGUGCGCACCUGGCCAAACACGAUGAGCUUAUUUCCAAGUCCUUCCAAGGGAGCCAUGGCCGAGCCUACCUGUUUAACUCCGUGGUCAACGUGGGCUGUGGGCCAGCUGAACAGCGCCUCCUGCUCACGGGGCUCCACUCGGUAGCUGACAUUUUCUGCGAGAGCUGCAAAACCACACUGGGCUGGAAAUAUGAACAAGCAUUUGAGACGAGCCAGAAGUACAAGGAAGGGAAGUACAUCAUUGAAAUGUCACACAUGGUGAAGGACAACGGCUGGGACUGAAGGGUCAGGCAGGCUGUGCCCUUCCUCCGCAUGCCCCACCCUCCCCACACCUGCCCCUGGCCCUGCCAAGCAGUCUAUACCAGCAUGAGUACUGCCCUACCCCUGGGGGAAGCCCAGCUCCAACCAGCCCCUCCCCUGCCCCCACCACAUCACUACCAGGCCUCUUUUGGAACAGGGGUCUGGGGGCACCCCAGGGGGGUUAAGGCUCAGGAGUGGGCAGCAGUCAGGGAGAGACAGAACAGGGGAAAAGGGAUGGCUGUGAGUCCUUCUAUCCCCAAGGCCCAGAAAACUGAGGCAAUGGCAGGGCGGACACUCAGGCAGAGAGCACAGUGGGAGGAACCCAUUUUUGCCCCACCUCUUUCCGAGUGAACAGAGAACAAGCUUUGGUUCAUGGGGCUGGUAGAUCCUAGGCCGCAGAAUGGCAGAUGAGAAAACGCUUGGGUUGGAGUGAAAUUUUGGCCUCAGACACCGGGAGAGAUCAGAGUCUCUGAGGUUGAACAGUUUCCCACCCCCAUUUGUAGCAGAAAGGACUCAGGGGUGGAAGGAAAAACUCAAAUCCCAGGCCCUGGGAAAUAAUGAAAGAAUCACAGGAGUUUCCAUUUCACUCCACUUGUUAGUUUAUCUUGGCACUAGAGAGGCACUUUCGAGUAUCUGACCUUUGCCACUGGGCGGGGCGGGGAAAGCUGCCCCUGGAACAGCCCCCACCCGCAGCUGGCUGUUCCCAGAGCGAGCAGCGUGCAGUCCGGACGGGCAUCCUCCGAGGCCUCAGCCGCUGCGCCCCGGCCCCAGCACCUGGAGGGGAGGUGGACAGUCAGUGCCACGGGGCCAGGCUUCCCCGUGGCUGCCACCAGCGAAUGAAACUUUUGUAUGAUACAUAAAGUGUUUGGGUCUAUUUUUAAUAAAAAGGGGAAAAGCAACU